AUGGAGGAGGAGGAGGAGGUGGAGGAGCAGGAGGCGGCGGCGCCGAGCAGUUGAUCAUUGUGAUGGUGGCAGGAGCGGCGGCGGCAGCGGCGGCCGGGCCGGGCGAUCGCGGCGGCUCGCGGCGCGGCGGCGGCCCGGGGACCCCAGCGAUCGACUUUUGCAGUCGCCUCGGACUGUCCCUGUGUUUCCGCGCCCCCCGCCCGACGACGCGCUCGCUCUCGAGGUUCCUGUGACAUGCAACCGAGCCGCCAAAGUACUUUGAGAACACGGGGCGGCAUAAACACCCAAACUUUUUGGUGGAAGGAAAAUGCACUAGCCGAGCCGGCCGGGGCCCGCGGCGGCGUGGAGUUGAGCGGCUGCCGCGCGUCUCCGCGCUGGAGGCAUGAGCUCGUGUGUGUCCAUGGGGUGUGUUUUUCGGGACGUGGGGAGGAAAAAGCGCUGGCCAACCACCGGAAAUCUCCUGGAAUUUAUUAGAAAAUAAUGGAUUAUAAAAAAAGAGAAGGCAGGCGAGGAGCGGAUCUCGCCCGGAGUUGCGACCCGGUUUGCUGCUGGCUGUUUCCGAUUCUUUUUGUUGAUAGGUGUCUGAUGGUAUUCGGAUAACACCCCCUUCCCCCCACCCCUUGAGCUUUACAGUGUGUGUGUGUGUGUUUUUAAGGAAACAACAACAAAAACCACCCCAAAAAUCUCCCCCCCCCCUUUUUUUUUCGCCCGGUCGGGAUCGCUGUUUCCAUCCAUGUGCUUGCGUCUCCCCCGCGUUCCACUUAAACUAUUUUAAUCCUUGGACCCAAGGAGGAGGCUGAUAGGGGGGGGGCUGUGGAUAAAAAAAGUUCUUCCAAAAUAGUGUGCCCGGGGAGCAGGAUGGGGGAUUUCUCAGCCCCCGCGGCCGCCGCGAAUGGCAGUAGUAUUUGCAUCAGCAGUAGCCUCGGCGGGGCCGGGAUCGGUGUGAAUAAUACUCCCAAUAGUACUCCCGCGGCUCCGAGUAGCAAUCACCCCGCGGCCGGCUGCGGCGCCGGGGGCCCCGGCAGCGGCUCGGUGGCCGUCCCCAAGCACAGCACGGUGGUGGAGCGGCUCCGCCAGCGCAUCGAGGGCUGCCGGCGGCACCACGUCAACUGCGAGAACAGGUACCAGCAGGCUCAGGUGGAGCAGCUGGAGCUGGAGCGCCGGGACACCGUGAGCCUCUACCAGCGGACCCUGGAGCAGAGGGCCAAGAAAGCGGGCGCCGGCAGCGGCAAGCAGCAGCAGCAGCAGCCGCCCAGCAAAGCCCAGCAAGAUGCGGAGGCGGCCUCGGCCGAGCAGAGGAACCACACGCUGAUCAUGUUGCAGGAGACGGUGAAGCGGAAGUUGGAAGGUGCCCGCUCGCCCCUCAAUGGAGACCAGCAGAACGGGGCAUGUGACGGGGGCUUCUCCCCCACCCACAAGCGCCUGCGCCGGGAGCUGGCGGGGGGCCUGGAGGCCGUCAGCCUGCCGCUGCCCGCCGCGUCGCCCCUGCAGCAGCUGGACCUGAAGCCGGCCCUGCCCCUGGCCGGCGGCGGCGGCUCCCACGCGCCCGCGCUGCUGGACGACCUGGGCAAGAACGGCCGGCUGCCCGACGUGAAGCUGCCCGCCAACGGCUGCGGGGAGCUGGACGAGGGCCUGCCGGGGCUGCAGAGCAAGGGGGCGCUCAAGCAGGAGCCCCUGGAGGACCCGGCCGGCAUGGACCCGUCCGAGACGUCCCUGUCCAACCAGAACAAGCUCUUCUCCGACAUCAACCUGAACGACCAGGAGUGGCAGGAGCUCAUCGACGAGCUGGCCAACACCGUCCCCGAGGACGACAUCCAGGACCUGUUCAACGAGGACUUCGAGGAGAAGAAGGAGCCCGAGUUCCCGCAGCCGGCCGCCGAGACGCCGCUGUCGCAGGAGAGCCUGAGCGUCAAGAGCGACCCCACGCACUCGCCCUUCGCCCACGUCUCCCUGGCCUCGCCCCAGGCCCGGCCCGCCUCCUCCGGACCCCCCUUCUCUGCCGGCUCCGCGCCCCCGGCGGCUCUGCCCUCCGUGGCCGGCACGCCCGCGGCCCCCAACCCCGCCGGCUCCCCGGCGAACUGCACGGUCCAGUCCCCGCAGACCCCCAGCCCGGCCCACGCCCCCGGGCAGGCGCCCCCCCGGCCGGGGAACGGGUACCUCCUGACGCCCACGGCCGGGCCCGGCUCGGACCUGUCCCCGGCGGAGCAGCUCAAGCAGAUGGCCGCGCAGCAGCAGCAGAGGGUCAAGUUCAUGCACCAGAAGCAGCAGCAGCAGCAGCAGCAGCAGCAGCAGCACGCGGGUCAGAGCGCCAGCUGGUCUCCCCUGGGGCCCCCCUCCAGCCCGUACGGGGCCGCUUUCACCGCAGAGAAACCAAAUAGCCCCCUGAUGUACCCCCAAGCCUUUAACAGCCAAAACCCGAUAGUGCCUCCCAUGGCAAACAACCUGCAGAAGACAACGAUGAAUAACUACCUCCCUCCAACCCCCAUGAACAUGCCGGUCAGCCAGCCGGCCGGAAACCUGGGCGCCAGCUCCUUGAGUAAGCCGCACAGCAUCCUGACCUACGGCAACACCAAGCCCCUGACCCAUUUCAACGCCAACCUGAACCAGAGGAUGACGCCGCCGAUGGCCAACCCCGGCAAGAACCCCUUGAUGCCGUACAUGCAGCCGCAGCCCCAGCCCUCGCAGCCCCCGUCCCAGGCACCCAGGGCGCACCUGAGUGAGGAGCAGAAGCGCCUGCUCCUCAUGAAGCAGAAAGGCGUGAUGAACCAGCCCCUGGCGUACGCCUCCCUGCCAGCCCACGGGCAGGAGCAGCACCCCAUGGGGCUCCCCCGCUCCGCCGGCCCCCUGCAGUCGUCCGUGCCCCCCGGCUCGGGCGGGCUGGGCUCGGGGGCCGCGCCGGCAGGGGCCGGCUUCCUGGGCAGCCAGCCGCAGGCCGCCCUCAUGAAGCAGAUGCUCCUGGACCAGCGGGCGCAGCUGAUGGAGCAGCAGCAGUUCCUGCGCGAGCAGAGGCAGCAGCAGCAGGUCCUGGCCGAGCAGCCGCCGCAGCAGCCGCAGCUGGCCCGGCAGCACGCGCAGCAGCAGCGGAGCCCGUACCCCGUGGCGCAGGUCGGCCAGUUCCAAGGCGCUCCGCAGGACAUGGCGGCGAGGAGCCAGGCGGCGCUGCAGACCAUGCGGCCGGCGCGGCUGAUGGCGCAGAACGCGGGCAUGAUGGCCAUGGGGCCGGCGCAGAGCCCGGGGAGCCUGGCCAGCACGGCCUCGCCGUCGGACAUGGGGCUCUACAGCUCGGCGCCCAGCAGCCAGCCGGGAAUGUACAACCUGGGCGCGGGCAUGGCCCCGAUGCUGCAGCACCCAAACCAAAGCGGCCUGGGCAUGGCGCACGGCCAAGCCCCGGGGCCCAGGCAGCCGGGCGCGGCGCAGGGCGCGGGCCUGGUCAGCGGCUUCGGGCAGAACAUGCUGGUCAACUCGGCGCUGGCCCCGGCCGCGCAGCAGCACCCGCAGAUGAAGGGGCCGGUGGGCGCGGCCCUGGCCCGGCCGCAGGCACCCGCGCGGCUGCCCAGCAUGAUGGGCGCGGCCGCCCAGCAGGGCACGGCGGGCUGGCCACAGCGCGGCCUGCAGGCCAUGCCCGGCAGGACUAGCGGCGAGAUGGGCGCCUUCAACAACGGGGCCAGCUACCCGCUGCCCACCGGCCAGCCGCGGCUCAGCAAGCCGCCCUUCCCGGGCGCGCUGGGCCAGGUGGUGGACGCCAGCACGGGCGCCGUGCGGACCCUCGCCCCGGGGGCGGCGGGCCGCCAGAUGAUGCCCGGACUCCCCGCGCAGCCGGGCGGCGGCCAGGCGCGGCCGCUGGUCCUGCCCGGCCUGAGCCCGGCCCUGCCCGCCUUCGGCCAGCCCCCGGCCCCGCAGCAGCUGCCCGCGGGGGGCUUCGCGGCGGCGGGCGGCCCCGCGCAGGACACGGCCUACGGCUACGGCGGCGACGGCGCGGGGCCGCCCUUCCCCGGCCUCCCCGAUGGGCCGGACCUCGUGGACUCCAUCGUCAAGGGCGGCCCCGGCGACGAGUGGAUGCAGGAGCUGGACGAGCUGUUCGGGAACCCCUAGUGCCCGGGGGUCUCCCAGAGCGGGAAGGAGGCCCCGGGGUGCCGGGCUCCGUGCCCCCCGCGGUGGACUGAGCCGGACUGCAGGGGCGCUGCCCACCGCGCCCGCGCCUGGACCGGAGCGCGCCGCCCGCCGCUGCACUGGAACGAGGAGUCGGUGGCCACCGGGAGGGUGGCCGCAGGGGGACGCGUGGCCGGCGAGACUGGACACGGCUCCGUCCGGCCCGAGCUGGCCGCCCCCGGGGGAGGCCACAGCGGCCCGUCCUCCUCCCGGACCAGCCAUCUGGGAGCCACGGGCGGCGCCAGGCCGAGAGGACGCAGGUGCGGCACCCCGGGACAUGGCCACCAGGUCUCGGCCGGACUCGGGCUGGUGGCCACGAGCGGCGGGGGUGGCCCGGGGCGCGGAGCCCUCUGCCCGCGGGAAGGCUGACCCGAAGGCCUGCACGGGCGUCCACUGCUGCUGACCGUGAGCGCCGGGCAGCCGGCGCAAGCUUCGUGGGGGCCGUUUUGGAACCCACCGCGGCCUGCUGGAGACCACGCAGUCGAGCCGUCUGCGGGGCGGGGCGCUGGCCCCUGCUGCCGCGUGGGUGAGUGGCCAGCGUGCCCACCGCCCCUCCGCAAGGGGCUUCGGCUCUGCCAGGUGGGACUGGGGCCCAGGGGGCUGGGGGCUCACGUGCCGGGGAGUCCCGAGACGGGGGUGCUGGGCCGGACGCAGGAGACAGGGGACAGGGCGCGGGCGGACACUGCCCCACCUGCUCGCUCCCGCCCGUGGAGGUUGCACACGCGCUCCGCCAGGGGGCAGUGCUGAGCCGGCGGGCUACCCAGGCCCGCGGGGGACCAGGAAAACCAAAACACACACACACACACACACACACACACACACACACACACACACACACACACACACACACACACACACACACACACACACACACGUGGGGGAGCCAUGGAAUACUUCCUCGCCUUUUUCCGAAAGGUGCGGGAAGUCCAUCUGUAAGCAAUGGUAGGAAACUGGAGGUGGGCCCCAGACGGGGCGGGGGGCUGUGACGUGGCAAGGCUUCCUCCAGCUGCUCAGUGCUGGGACCAACAAAAUAGAGAGGUAGAUUUUACUGAGGUCAUUUUGUUUGGGUUUUGUUUUUACAACGGUGCUGAUGUAUAUGUAAUGUCGAGGGGGAAAAAAAAAGUUAUUUGUAAAUAAGUUUUUACAAUACUGCAGAUUAUCACUGGGUCUACUAUCUGUAAAAAAAUAAAUAUAUAUAUAUAUACAUAUAAAUAUAUAUAUAUAUACUGUUUGUUUAAAAUAGAGUAUUUUUAUUUCAUCCCCGAAAGCAUCCUCACGCGUGGUAUGCACUUCAGGUGAUCGCUGGCGGCUGUCCGCCUGGCCUUCACCCGCUCCGUUCUCUUCCGGUUUUUCUAGCUUUCUGUUUUUACUUUGUACAUGGAGCAUUGCUUAUUUCCUUUUAAGAAGUGUACAGAACCGAAAUGUAGAAAUGAAGUGAUGUUGACAUACCACUUUUAAAGAAAACAAAAAUGCAAAACAAAUAAAAGAUGCCAACCUGAACCCCC